AUGAAGCGGUGGAGGACAAGGCUGGAGCUGAGUGAAGACUGUGAGAAGAAGGCGCACUUCCCGUGUGCGCAGAAGGAAGAGUUUGUGUCUCAGUUCAUCUGCCCGUUCCCGUCCUUCUGUCCGGCCCACGCCCCGGUCCAGACCCUGAGUCCUGCUCUAGACCUCAGCCUGCCUCAUUCCUGCUCUGUGUGUCUGGACGUCCUGGACCCCGUCCUGAGCUUCAGUGUCUUCAAGUGUCCCGAGUGUCACAGCAGCUGGUUGCACCGCCACUGUGCACAGCUCCAGGCUCACAGCUCGGGGCUGUUCUUCUUCAGAUGCACUUUGUGCAACAACAAGGAUCAGUUCCAGGAGGAGAUGCUGCGGAUGGGAAUCUACAUCCCAGAGAGGAAGAAGGCGCACUUCCCGUGUGCGCAGAAGGAAGAGUUUGUGUCUCAGUUCAUCUGCCCGUUCCCGUCCUUCUGUCCGGCCCACGCCCCGGUCCAGACCCUGAGUCCUGCUCUAGACCUCAGCCUGCCUCAUUCCUGCUCUGUGUGUCUGGACGUCCUGGACCCCGUCCUGAGCUUCAGUGUCUUCAAGUGUCCCGAGUGUCACAGCAGCUGGUUGCACCGCCACUGUGCACAGCUCCAGGCUCACAGCUCGGGGCUGUUCUUCUUCAGAUGCACUUUGUGCAACAACAAGGAUCAGUUCCAGGAGGAGAUGCUGCGGAUGGGAAUCUACAUCCCAGAGAGCCACGACUCCGUGAAGCUGAUCAAGUUCGCGGACGACACCACCCUCAUUGGACUCAUCUCCAACAACGAUGAGUCCGCCUACAGGAGGGAGGUGGACCGGCUGGUGUCCUGGUGCAGUGGUAACAACCUGGAGCUGAACGCCCAGAAGACAGUGGAGAUGAUUGUGGACUUCAGGAAGAGCACUGUCCCCCCGCCCCCACCCUCCGUGAUGGACUCCCCCAUCACCUCUGUGGAGUCCUUCCGUUUCCUGGGCACCACCAUCACCCAGGACCUCAAGUGGGAGCCGACCAUCAGCUCCCUCAUCAAGAAGGCCCAGCAGAGGAUGUACUUCCUGCGGCAGCUCAGGAAAGCCAAGCUGCCUGCACAGAUGUUGGUGCAGUUCUACACGGCCAUCAUCGAGUCCAUCCUCACCUCCUCCAUCACCGUGUGGUUCGCUGGAGCCACAGUCAGGGACAAACAGAGACUACAGCGCAUUGUGCGCUCUGCAGAGGAAGUGAUCGGCCGCAGCCUUCCAUCGCUGCAGGACCUCUUCACAGAUGAAGAGACUCCUUUUCCUAUCAGCCCCGGCGCUGACGCAGCUCUGCGUCAAUUCCUCAGGCUGCUGCUGUCUCAGAUCCAGUGCUGUGCUGUGUUUGAGGGACCGGAGGACUGCAAGAACCUGGCCCUGGACGCACAGGGGAGUGAUAACGGGACCAAGGCCGGGACUAGGACCAUGAGAUUUUAG